CAUGAAUGUUUCAGACCCACAACACUUUUUCUGCACCGUAUGGACAGUCACAUACUGGAUGUUACCCUCAGACUUCCAGGACCCUUUCAGGACUUUAUCUGCUUGCUAAUUUUGCAGUUAUGUUCUUGUUUUUUGUCCUCCAGCUAAUCCUAACCUUUGAGAGUUCAUCUGGAACCGAACAUGAGACUCUGUGCUGCUCCAACGCCUGCUUCACGCUGCACAUGAGCAACGUCAGCUUCGAGAAAGCUCAUCAGAAUUGCGACCACAAUGGAGGUUACCUGAUGACUGUCAGAGAGCCAAAAGAAGAGCAUGUGCUGCGUUCACUUCUCUCACAGGUCAAAAGACAAAGACAGGAUGAGCCAAUGAAAUUCUGGAUUGGAUUAAAACUGAACAGAGGGGACUGUGUGCUCGCUGACAAGACUCUGAAAGGAUUUAAAUGGGUGUCUGGAGAGGAAGAAUCACACUACUCCAACUGGGUAGAAGAACCUGACUCCACAUGCACAAAGGCGAGCUGUGUGAGCAUUCAGUACUCUCCUUUAGGUCCAAACCAACUCAAGUGGACUGCUGGAUCUUGCAAAAGAACUGCAUUUUAUGUGUGCAAGUUUUAUUUUAAGGGAAUGUGUAAACCACUGGCUUUGUUGGGAGCUGGACAAAUAACCUACAGAACAGCCUUCUCAGAGGAGCCAUUAAGGACUCAAAUGCAGUUAUAUCCUCUGGGAACUUAUGCAGAGAUUGUAUGUGGUGAUAACCAGUCUCACGAGUCAUGGUGCACUGGGACGGACGGUUUUUAUUGGACAGUCCCCGGUCCAUUUUGUCAAACAGAAAAGCAAAACUGCACAGUCAUCAAUGGUGGAUGUGAGCAUGAGUGUCGCCAGGAUGAAGAAGGGGUUAAAUGCAUUUGCUACAAAGGUUACAGCCUGAACGAGGAUGGACUCACCUGCACCAGGACGGACCUGUGCAGCUUUGACACCUGCGAGCACCGGUCUGUAACGGGAGAGUCUGGAUAUUCCUGCAAAUGUCCACAUGGCUUUAAACUGGACACAAACCAGCGCAACUGCGCUGACAUCGACGAGUGCGAGUCGCAGAUCUGUGAGCAGCAUUUGUGCAUAAAUAGCCAUGGCAGUUACACCUGUAUGUGUAACCAUGGUUACAGGCUGGUUGAGGGUAGGUGCAGUGAUGUUGAUGAGUGCCUGCAGUCCACUGACAUCUGCCCUUAUAAAUGCGUUAAUACUGAAGGCAGCUUCUUAUGCACCUGCCAGCAAGGCUUCCACAUGGAAGCUGAUGGAUCUACUUGCAUCCCUGAUGUGGUGAAAGCAUCACCUGCUUCAUCAGAUAACCAAACCUCAGAGGGGACAGAGAAAACCAGCAAAGAUUCCUCAGCCACAGACGAGCUCCAGCAGCAGUCCCGUCACACUGAGGCACCACCUUCAGAGUCAGAGCUCGCCAACGUCACGAGCAGGGAUCAGCAGAGCAACGUCUCCUUGGUGACGAGUGUUUCUAACACCGCUAACUCCAAAGUGAUCAUCUGCGUCCUCGGUUCACUCAUUCCCCUGCUGCUCCUGCUCGCAGUGACCGUGGCUAUUGCCAUUUUUAGAUGCAGUCAAACAGAAAAAGCAGCCAAGAAAAACACCACCACAGAUGGCUACUGCUGGGUGUCAUCUGGAUUUGAUCCACGUUUAGAGAAACUGUACGAGUCUAUUUUGACUGAUGACCUAUGACACUUCACUGAUGACGCUAAAUGAUAGUUUUAAAUGUGCUGAUGUCACGACCUCUCAAGCCCAGGUCAUAGCAUCUCUAAUAAAUGUCUUUGCUGCUUGUGUAAUGAAGGAGUGCAAACAUCAGGGCAUCGAAAAUAUUUAAAAUAAAAGAAUUUUCAAACUCAGUCACAGCAUUUAUUUUAGUUCAGGUUUUAACCCAUUAAA